AUGUUUUCUUCUGUCCGGCGCGUCUUUCGUUCUAAAUCCAAACCAGAUAAAACCCCUUCUGUGAAGGAGAAGCCAGUUCCUGAACCAUCACCAGCGCCGGUAGCUCAGACUCGGACAACUUUCUUUUACUCUGGAAUACAGACAUUCCAUAGCGCCGAAAGUGAUAACAUCGACAUUGUCUUCGUUCAUGGAUUGAAAGGAGAUUGUCAAAAGACGUGGACGGACAAAAGUUCGGGAAAUCCGUGGCCGAAAACACUCCUUCCAUUGGAGAUUGAGACUGCACGUGUUCUUACUUACUCUUAUGAUUCAACUGUCACCGGUAAGGACGAUGUUCCUUCACAGAAUCGAAUCUCCAAUCAUGCAUAUAAUCUCGUGACUGCUCUCGCAUCACUUCGACAGAGCGAUAACACAAAUGAGCGACCUAUUAUAUUCGUCUGCCACAGCCUAGGUGGACUUGUUUGUCAGGAUGCUCUCGUGACAGCAAAGCAACGCUCUGAACAGCACCUUCAAGAUAUAGUCAACUUCACUCGUGGAGUCAUCUUUCUCGGCACACCACAUCAUGGCUCAAGCCUCGCCAAGAUCGGAGAAUUGGUCUCACGCUCCGUUGGAUUGAUCAAAGAGACCAACAGCGACAUUGUCCAAGUCCUUACAAGAGACUCGGAAGUCCUGGCCCGAAUUCAGGAUAGCUUUCAGGCUCUUCUCAUGACGCGUAGCAAAGAUGAGGCUACUAUGAUAGACAUCACAUGUUUCUACGAAGAGCUUCCGACUAAGAAGUUCGGAGUUAUCGUCCCCAAACAUUCGGCCAUCCUGCCUGGCUACAUCUCGAUCGGCAUACAUAGAAAUCAUGCAGAGAUGACCAAAUUCUCCAAUUCUGAGGAGCCUGGUUUUGUGGCUAUUUGCGGAGAGCUCAAGCGCUGGAUGAAGAGGAUUCAGCAAACACAAUCCAAGCCAAAGAAGCACACUCGUGCCGCACAUUUUCUCAUUCCAUACACUUUCAACCCAGAUUUUGUCGGAAGAUCCGAAAUACUCGAUCUCCUGAAAAGUCAACUUGAAGAUCUAGAGCCCCAGUCGAAGAGAAAGGGGCAUCGGAGAGCCGCACUCUAUGGCCUCGGUGGAGUCGGGAAGACCCAAAUCGCAUUGUCGUAUGCAUAUUGGGUCCAGGAGAUUUCUCAGGACACAUCAGUCUUUUGGGUUCAUGCCAGCAGCGCCGAGAGAUUCUCUGAAGGUUACACCAAUAUUGCCAAUGAAUGCAAGAUCCCAGGGCACGAAGACCCGACUUUCGACGUUUUACCGGCCGUCAGAGACUGGCUGGAGAGCGAUGAGUGUGGACAAUGGUUGAUGGUUAUUGACAACGCCGAUGACAUGCAACUAUUCUUUCCUCAAACUGAAUCUUCCAAGAUAAAUCUCAAUACUGAGAGGGGAUUGGGCCAGUUCAUACCACAAUGUGCUCACGGUAAUGCUCUUAUCACAACAAGGAAUAUGCAGGUUGGCUCAAGAUUCACGAAAGGCAAGUGUCCUAUCGAAGUUGGCACAAUGGACGAACACGAAGCGACUCAGCUUCUUCGCCAAGGCUUGCAACAAACGGAUGAGUCCGAAAAGGACUUGAUUCAACUUUCAUCCCGUCUGGAGUUUCUACCGCUCGCACUGGUGCAGGCAGCUGCCUUUAUUCAGGAGAAUUCCGUCACAGUCAGCGAAUACCUUGAGCUCUUGGACGGAAGCGAAGACGAUCUUAUUGAACUUCUGAAUGAAGAGUUUGAAACGGUCGGGAGAGACUCAGAUACCCCUCGUGCAGUUGCCCAGACCUGGAUGCUGUCCUUCCAGCAGAUAGAGAGACAGUAUCUUUUUGCCAGUGAGCUACUGUCGCUGAUGAGCUUGUUCGAUCGUCAAGCAAUACCUCUUGAAUUUCUCGAGUUUUAUGCUAAAGGAAAUCAUGGUACAGAAUCCAACAUUAAAAUGCGGCUUAUCAAGGCACUAGGAGUUCUGAAGGCGUUCUGCUUCAUCCGGGCAGAGAGAGGCGGCGACCAUACCAUGCAUCGUCUUAUUCAGUUGGUUACACGAACUUGGUUAGUUCGCAAAGGAAGUAUAGCCGAGUUUGCAAGACAUGCUUUCCUCUCCGUAUCGGACUUUUAUCCCUAUGCAGACUUCGAAGAUGUUGAAUGGUGGGCCGAAGAUUUGGUAACAUGCACUACGUAUCUUUCCCACGCAAGCUCUGUUCUCGAGGCUCAGAUAAUCGAAACGGAGGAGGACAGUCUCCUCAGGGCUUCUUUGCUUCACAGAGUUGGAUCAUUCUUCAACCAUCAAGGUCGAUACAGCAAAGCAGAAAAGUUGCGGCGCGAAGGACUGACCAUCCGAGAGAAGUUACUCGGCGAAGAACAUAUAGAGACUCUUGUUACAGCCUCUGACCUUGCGGGCUCGCUGUCAAAUCUAGGUCAUUUCGAAGAAUCUGAAAGGUUACAGAGGGGCGUUAUUGAGACCUUGAAACACCUUUAUGGUGAUGAACAUGAACAAACUCUAGAUGCCAUGGCUAAUUUAUCUGUCUUCUUAAAUAAACAAGAAAAAAAUGAUGAAGCAUUAGUACUAGACCGUCAUAUUUUUGAGGUCAAAAAACGGACGCUUGGAGCCGAACACAUCAGCACCAUCCGAGCGAUGGAUAAUUUGGCGGUCAGCCUCGGGGACGAAGAAGGGGAAGAAAUGCACAGGCAGGCUUUGGAACGAAAAAUUAAGAUCUUCGGUGAAGAACACCCCAACACUCUCUACAGCAAGGCAAAUCUUGCAAUGACGCUCUUCAACAAAGGUGCUCAUUCGGAAGCAGAGGACUUGCAGGUGGAAGCCUUGGAGGCCAGCAAAAGGAUUCUUGGUAAAGAGCAUCCUGACACUCUCAGGGUAAUGAACGACCUUGGAUCCACAUGGCUAUUAUUUGGUCAGAUGUUUUUGAACGAAAGACACUUGUAUCCAGAUGUCGACAUGCUCGGCGAUGCAAAGAGGAUACUGGAAGAAUGUCUGGGGCUUCGGGCAAAGUUACUUGGGGCAGAUCAUGCUGAUACAAACAAUACACGCCAGGAGUUGGAGGAGUGUCUAGAGGCGCUGGAGGUUGCGGAUCUCAUUGAUGCAGAAGCAAAGUCUAAGGAACAGACAUGA